AUGAGCAGAAUCAGGGUUGUGUCUGCUGGUAGCCUGGUGUGUGGGGCCGUCGAGUCCUUCUCCAUCCGUUCUGUGGAGGAGAUGGGAGCCACAGCAGCAGCAGCGGCGGCUGCGGAAGCAGCAGCAGCAAGGAUUAACUCACCAGUAGCAGGAGCUGGGACAAGGACGACACCAGAGGCUGGAAAAUCAGGGAAAAAGAAAUCGAGAGUGAAGAGAGCAGGAGAAGGAGGGGGUGAGGGCUUGGAAGGGCAGACUGCGAUUGGAUGUGAUGAGAGGAUGCUGCUGCAUGAGGAGGUGGGCAGUGCCUCUCUGCAUCCUGAGCGACCGGACCGUCUGCGAGCCAUUCUGGCGUAUCUUAAAGGAGCAGGGUUGUUUCCAGGUCCUUGUAAGGCAUGGCCAUCGGAGAGUGCAGCAGAUGAUCUUAUUCUCAAUAGCCACACGGCAAAGCAUUUGGCAAUGGUGGACAAGGCAGCUAAAACUGACACCAGUGCAUUCAACGCGGACACGUACGCCAACCGGUGGUCGCCAGCAGCAGCGCGCCUAGCAGCGGGAACAGCCGCCACCAUGGCUCGCGCCAUUGCCACCGGCCGCCUCCUCAACGGCUUUUCUCUGGUGCGGCCGCCAGGGCACCAUGCGGGGACGGAGGGGCCUCAGGGCUUCUGUCUGCACAACAACGCAGCUGUGGCAGCCAGGGCAGCGCAGGCAGCAGGGGCCAAGAAGAUUCUGCUGCUUGACUGGGACGUGCAUCACGGCAAUGGAACCCAGCAGAUAUUUGAAAACGACCCUUCCGUAUUCUACGUGUCCAUCCACAGGCAUGAAGGUGGCUCCUUCUUUCCUGGCACUGGAGCACCCACGGAGGUGGGGUCAGGGCCAGGGGAGGGUCGGUCGGCCAACGUGGCAUGGCCGUGUGGAGGCAUGACAGACGCGGACUACCUGGCUGCCUUCUUCCACCUCAUUCUACCCCUCGGUGUGUGA